AUGCUGUCAACAAUGCGCUCCGUGACAGCAGUCACUCUCGCCCUCUCCGCUCUCUCACUCCAGACAGUAUCAGCAAUCACCGCUGGUCCAGUCACAGAUGCUGGCUGCUUCAGUGCUUCUGCUGGUCUUGAGGAGAACAACACUUUCAACUACCAAUCCAAGGGUCAUUGCCAGGAGGCAUGUAUCGGCGUUGGUGCCACUGUCAUGGCCAUGACUGACGGCAACGACUGUUGGUGUGGUUCCACACUGCCAGCAAAGAGCAGUCUGCAGAGCGACGACUCAAAAUGCAGCACAACUUGUGUUGGAUACCCUGAUGACAUGUGUAAGUUGACACUCCAACACUGUACACGUGCAUCGACUAAUCUAGAGCUUAGGNNUGGCGGCGAUGGUUACUGGAGUGUCUAUUUCACAACCACCGACACCAAUAUUGCCUAUUAUGGCGGCGGCGGCUCAUCUGGCUCGUCAAGCUCAUCGUCUGCCGCAGCCAAGUCUUCUGCUUCAUCCUCGUCCUCCUCAUCUAGCUCUGCCCCUUCAUCAAUGGUCACAAGCACCAGCACAACCCCUACAGCAGCCAAGGGGGCUACUGUCAUCACCAGCGUUGCUCCUGGCACCACCGUCAUCAUCACUCAAGUUCCUACUUCUCAAGGUACCAGCUCUGCCGACUCCGAAAAGCCAAAGAAGGGAGGCUCAAACACUGCUGGAAUUGCUGCCGGUGUUGUUGUUGGCAUAGUUGCAGUUGCUGCACUUUUCGGUGCUGCAUACUUCUUCUGGCGCCGCAAGCAACGUCGCGAGACAGAAUCUGGUCACCAGCAACUCAGCGACUACUCGAGCUCAUCCCAAAAGCCCAUGGCUUUCAGACCUGCCUCAGGACCUGAUUCUCGCAUCGACCCUGACGCCAUGGCAUCAAGGAGAAUGAGCGACGGUAGCAUUGCCGAUAACGAGGAUUACUCGAGAAGAAUAUUGAAGGUCACAAACGCUUGA